CUUCCUGUCUCUCCCCAUUAUUUCUCGGCCGCAGUUCUUUCCCCUACAAUAACUACCUCUCUGAUAGGCCAAGCUGUCUCGAGUUGGUUCUAGCAGUUUGACGAAUAUUGUGAUUCGAUCUCGAGCCCGAACACAGGCGGCGUGUCGCUGCUCCCACACCCUCCCACGAUGGACUACGAGAUGGAUAUUGAGCCCAUGGGGCCUCAGGUUACGGUCCGCGAGGCCGAGCCCAACCGUGUCGACUUCAAACUCAGCUCCGUCGACCUCGCGUUUGCCAACUCGCUCCGCCGCGUCAUCCUCGCCGAAGUGCCCACGAUGGCCAUCGACCUGGUGGAGAUCGAAAGGAACACCUCCGUGCUGCCGGACGAGUUCCUUGCGCAUCGUCUGGGCCUGAUCCCGCUGAACUCCAAGAACUGCGACCAGGACGUCCAGUACACGCGCGACUGCGACUGCGAGAACCACUGCGCACGGUGUAGCGUGACGCUGACGCUGCAUGCGCGCUGUACAGGCGAAGAUAUCAUGCGCGUGUACGCGCGCGAUCUGGCCGUCAGCGGCGAGCGGGCCAACGAAUGGGUCGGCAGCCCUGUCGUCGGUGACGCCAACGGCACGGGACCCCUGAUCUGUAAGCUGCGGCGUGGGCAGGAGGUCAAGAUGACCUGUAUUGCGAAGAAGGGCAUCGCCAAGGAACAUGCCAAAUGGGCGCCUACCGCUGCUGUCGGGUUUGAGUACGACCCGCACAAUAAACUGCGCCAUGUGGAUUACUGGUACGAGGAGGAUCCGAUCAAGGAAUGGCCCGUCUCUCAAAACGCUGCCUGGGAGGCUGCCCCCGCCCCCGACGAAUCCUUCGAUUACGACGCGGUUCCGAACAAGUUCUACAUCGACGUCGAGAGCAUCGGCAAUCUGGAACCAGAUACCAUCAUCCAGCAGGGGAUCGUUGUUUUGCAACGGAAGCUCGCCACGGUCAUCUCCUCCCUUACCGAGACUGGCGAAGGCGACCGGAACGGCAUGGGCGGCGCCGAGGAUGAGGAUAUGAUGGGCAUGCGGAGCCCCGAUGCCUACGAGCCCCCCGAGGGCAUUGAUGGCGGGUUUACCGCGUAUGCCAAUGGCGGGCAGAGUGCCUGGGGCGCCAGCGCAACCACUCCCUACGGCGCAACUCCCUAUGGUCAGAGUGGAUUUGGCUUCUAACCGGGUAACGGUAACCAUUUCUAUCGUGUUUUCUUCAUCAACCAUCAUUUGAAAGCGAAGAAAUGACCGGGGGGGGGGGGCAAAGAAAAAUCGAAUAGAGCAAGCAUGCGGACGGAGUUUUGUCUAUCUUUUCACAUCCACCACUUUGACAAUGGGAAACAAG